GCUGUUGGCUCUGGCACUACGACUGGUGUUGUCGCCUUCGUCGGUCGGUCGGUCGGUCAGUCUGUGAACAGCCUAUCUACGAGCAGCACGCAAAAGCGGCGUUCUUCCGUCAAUCGAGGUCGCGUGUCAAUUCAAAUAUACAACUUGAUACAAGAGAGCAGUGGCAGUGGACUGCAACAACAAUUAACUAGAACACUAAACGACUGUGUGAACAGUGUAAGUGCCCUGAACUAUUUCAAAGAGAAUCUUAUCAGUGGUCAAGGGGUGUCCUAGCGAAGCAGUGACAAAGGAUAACAACAGAAGAGACAAUCUUGCACCGGUCGAAGACUGGGGAAUUCACCCCUUGAAUUGGAGACGUGACACGGGGAAGAACCAGGACUGCGUCGAGUGAGUUCAGCCAGUGAAAGUGAAAACUAUCAUCCGGAAGCCUCCGGUGGAAACAUCUCAAUCAAGCCAAAUAUUGAAUAGCUCUCCCCGAAAAUAGAGUGAAUGGUCUGUGGCCAACGAAGAGUGUGAGCCCCGAAUCCUAGGUGCCGAGGCACACGCAGCAGCAAGUGUGUAAACGUGCGCCAAGCGUGAAUAUGAACUAGUGAGUGGAGACAGAGAGCGAGCGCGGAAAAGGCAAGGAAAAGUGAAGCAGUGCCAGUAGCAGCAGCCGGAGCAGCGAAUCUUGUGUCUUAAAACGGUUAAUAAGAAACAGCUAACGGCAAGGUCGUAUCUCGCCACACAGUGUUGCUUCGCGGUGGCGGUGAGAAGAAAAGAAACGAAGCGGAGAAGCACGCGCAAAAGUGAAGGAAAGACGAAAAACUGCCGUUCAGAAACCAGAGAGGAGAGCCGAAGAAGUGUGAAGGAAACGACAACGAAAAAGACUAGCCCCUCCUGCGUUCCCUUCCAUCGAAUGGUGAUUGAGAAACUAUAAUAGGCAUUUGGAGUCAAGCGAAAAAAAAAAUUGAACGAAAAAGUGCGAGUGAAUGAAUUUGGAACGCGAGCUAAAAACUGCUCAGUGAGGUCGGUCCUCGGUAGCUCUUUAAGCCCUGACCUGGUGUCGUGUGGAUAUUCCGGAUCGACCCGCAAUAGACAGAACUCGAGACUAGCGAAAUUCAUCGGGCGGAGAGACUGUGAUUUUACAAAAGAGAAACUAUUUACGGGUACAGUGCACGCACAGAAGUAAUCGAAAGUGAACAAGGCAGUGUCGGUGGGAAUUUAUGAAAUAGAGAAGCAAAUUGAGCGUGCAGAGACCCAUUCCCGAACCAGUGAGUGUGAAUGUGUAAUUAGACAGAAAUAUUUCACUGGCGAGCAUCCGUCGAGCCAAUCGUGAACUUUGAGAAGACAAUCGGAAUAAAAUAAAAUACCGAAGAGCAAGUGAUAUCGUAAGGACAGGCCAAGUGUUAGAAGUGAAACCAAACCAUGACCCUACCGUGCAACAACACCUCCAACGUUGCUGAAGACGAUUCGGAUAUGUUUGGACCACCACACACCUCGCCACCGAUCCGGCGCAACCGGCCAAAGGUGCCAAUGAUCUCGGCCCAGUUGCGGAUGCGUGAGGUGCGCAAGCGGAUCCUGCAACUGUGUGUCCACAAGCUCGAGCGCAUCAAGAACUCCGAGCGGAACCUCCGACGCUCGGUGUGCAUCAACAAUACAUAUUCUCGGCUGACGGACGACAUCCGGCGGGAGAAGCAGCACAAGUAUCUGAUGUUGAAUCAACUGUCCAAAUCUGACAGUGAUGAAAAAUCUGACAGCGACAGUGCAAAUAACAAUAACAUCAACAUCAACAACAGAAACAAUGAAAAUCUGAACAGCAGCAAUCACCAGCUACGAGGAGAUGAGUUCAUGAACAAGAGCAACAACAACGACAGCAGCAGUAUUAACAGCAACAAGCAAAGCGCAACCGAAGAAAUCAAAGCACCAAAACAGAAAUCCUCUUCGGUGGAGACUGACCUGGAAACGCUGGACCGAGAGCUAUGUGCACUGGACGCCGCGAUGCCUUUGGUCGACCCCGAAAUCACUCAAGGUGCCGAACAGCUCGAACAGGCCAUGGUUUCGCGGAAACGCAAGUAUUCUCAAAUGGACGACGAAGACAACGAUCGCCUGGUGCGGGAAGCGUUAUCUCAGUUCUACCUGCCAAGCAACCGACUACUCUCCGGAAUCGAUGACUGCCCCUCGCACAUGCUGGGUACCAAUUCCUCUCCAUCCAUCGACGUCAAGCGCACCAAAGUAGAUCUCCUGGAUAGCAGCCUCCACCAUCACCACCAUCAUCACCAUCACCAUCAUCAUCCCUUUCACUCGCUGCCGGACCUGAAUGUAGCGCUCGAGCUCUCGCACCAAAGUCAUCAGCACCAGAAGGAUUUUGAAGUCAUUAUGGAUGCGCUGAGGAUAGGAGCCGGAAGCGCUAUGACCGGAGCGACCGCUAAUGGAUGCAACCUCGUCGGCAACAUCGACUCCUGCGGUCAGGCCGCCAUGAUGAUGAGUGGUGAGACCGGUAGCGUGUUCCACAACCUGGUGGUUACUUCGCUGGAGACUUGAAAGUAGGCCAGCGCCACUGCGCACAUCCCCUGCCAGUACCGUUUGCGCUGUCGCCGAUGCUGCUCGCUUGUAGAGUACGGCGAUAUGACGCAUCGCUGGUACCGGUAGGGAUCUGCAAUAUCCUCAAUAGUACUAAAGAUAUAACCUCUCAAAGCGAAGCCUUCUGCGAGGAAAAAUUCGCAUUGAUCUUAACUUAUUUGGGCGUAUCGCUUCAUUAUUUAAACACAAACGCAAUCCUUUCAGUAGCGCAUUAUCGGUAUAGGAAAAUAUUUAUAAACUUCAUUAAAUCACUACGGGCGAACAGAACGCGCAAGCUAAUCGCAGUCCAACGCACACUCAGCCAGACACAAAAACAAAGUAGGCGACAUCGACAGCGAUGGGCAGCGCAACGCAGUAGGCGCUGAUAUUUCGCGUCGAUCGCUGUGGCAACACGCGUGCCACGAUAGACAAAAACAACAACAACAAAAACGAGGAAAAAUGUAAGUGAAAGUGCAAGAAAAACUCAUUGCUCGUCAUACUCAUCGCCGUGCACGGCUUGUAGCCGCCCGAUGGUGAUGAUCAUGGAUGGUUUGGCAUAUGUUUUCUAAGCUCAACAGCAACGGGUUAAAGAAACCAUAGUUAAAUCCAUCACAACAGCAGUGGCAGUUAAACAGCAAGCCAUGCACGGUUGAGUAAUCGUUGCAAACGAGCCUACGUUUCUGUUGUGUCGGUGUGUGUGUGUGCACGUGGAGGUGUCACUUGAACGUCACGCGUCUAAUUUAAACCAAGUCGUUGCCAAAAUUAACACGUUUUUAAUUUAUAAACAAAAAGCAAGCCAACAAGCAAAACUCGCAUAUUUUUCGAUUAGACUCUCGGAGAGUUCGCAAACAGCUCGCAAUCAAAGUGUUUGUUCACUAUUACGUUGACCUACAAAACGAACUGCUUCCAAGUUCCAACAAAUAGGAAACAGUUUGGUUGAAUACAACACUAAAAUCGAAUAGAAGGAGGAAAAUUUAUAGUAAACAGGAUCUGUGAUAUUAGUCGUGUAAGAUGCAUAUAAACUAGAGCAGAAACAUUUGAAACAACAUAAUAGAUAAUAGUAAUCGAUUGCAAUUUCGAAACAAAGGAACCGAAAGUCAACCAAUUCUUGAGCUAGAUUCAUCAAAAGUUGAGAUUUUAUGUUUCUUCGCUACCACCUCAAAGUGCAUACAUAUUGGUAAAAUUACACUAUUCCAAACGUAAAACAGAGAAAAAGCGAGCGCGAGUUUUCAAAGCGUAAUUCCGUUUUACCUUUUCUUUAGUUGAAUCGUUGCAAGAAAAAUCAAAUAAUUAAAUUCGUAGAAUUUUCACUGAGAAUGCCAAGUGAAUAAAGACCAAGUUUAGAACAAAAGCUAAAACAAACAUGUAAAUUGUUAGGUUUCCAAGCAUCCGCGGUGGCCGUGUGCGUGAAUGUACGUAAAGACCAAAGUUAAACGUUGUUUUAAAAAGAUCGAUCGAACAACAACUUUAAAUUGACAAAACUACUGGAAGGCAUUACUUCUUAGCCAAAACGAAAAAAAAAAUCAGACGCAUAAUGAUGAAGAACAAUGUCAAAAUGACACAUGUCAAUUGCUUUAAUUCUUUGUUAACCAAACUGAGUCAAAGUUGCCUUUGCUGUCAGAGCAGAAACCAUUCUGACACGGUUUUGAGUGUACUUUUCUCUGCAAAAAUGUGCGAACAUUCCAACGGUCAACUACCAACAAACAGAGAACAGAAUUGCGUAGCAAAUUUUAUCUCAGUCGCUAGCAGUACUUAAGCGAAUUCCAAUAACUUUGCCAAUUUUCUGGACCAAAAUGACGCUAUGCGUUCUACUUGUCAAGAAUCGACUCAGUACGAUCGAUGAAUUAGAAACAACAUCAGCAGUAAAGCGACAACCAUCAGACAAUGUAUAAACAAAACCCAAAGUGCUUGAAUUUGUUGAAUUGAAAUUACCCUUUUACCUGGUAAGAGAAAAACAAAACACACACACAACUUAACUGUAAACAAACUAUAUUUGUAUAAGAAGCGAGAUAAGCAUGAAGCAACAAUCCCUCAUCGGAGAGUUGACGAAGAAAUCAAAGUUUACCAAGCCAUUUACGUUUCACUUCUAUUGCUAUCUGCUCCUAUUUUAUCUUGAUUAGAAUAUCUAGUUUUUACGUUGUACAAAUUGCCAGAUUUGUUAACAAGGUUAGCCGCACCAAAAACUCUCUUCCAAAAAAUUACAUGUACAACGGAACUCCUCCGGUUUACUUAAUCUUCCUUUCAAGGCUGUUGGUCGCAACGACAACAGCACGCCUAGCAAACAAUCGUUGUUUUAGUUUUCUUGUAAGUUCUAUUUGUUUUCCCCUUUAUGUCUAUUUGUUCUCUUUUACUCUGAUUUUAGUUCAAUUUUUCCUCAUCUUCCUAUUAAUUUUAGUAGUUUUAACUGAGUUAAUUUAUGCAAAUUACAUUAUUAUAUGAAUACGAUUGGUUAGUAGUGUUGAACAAAUGCAAAUGCGAACGAGCAACCAAGACGGACGUCGUAUCGGUUGCUCCGAUCUAAACUAAAUUUAUGAAAAUACAGAAAAACCUAUAAAAAUAAAUAAAUAACAAUAUACACUCAUAAGGACACUUAUUGUUGUAGUAGAAUUUUAUCUUCACAAUAAAUGUACCUGGAAAAAUCUAAAAA